AUGGCGACGACGGUGGAUAAGAUCAAGGACAUUGAGGCCGAAAUGGCCAAGACGCAGAAGAACAAAGCCACAUCAUUUCAUCUGGGUCAAUUGAAAGCGAAGCUGGCCAAGUUGAAGAGAGAGCUGCUCACGCCAACAUCGAGUGGUGGCGGUGGUGGUUCAGGCUUCGAUGUUGCAAGAACGGGUGUGGCAUCAGUCGGCUUCAUAGGCUUCCCUUCAGUGGGCAAGUCGACCCUCAUGAGUAGGCUGACAGGCCAGCACUCAGAAGCGGCAGCAUAUGAGUUCACAACGCUCACCACAGUGCCGGGCCAGGUCAUGUACAACGGCGCUGCCAUACAGAUGCUGGAUUUGCCAGGUAUCAUUCAAGGUGCAAAGGAUGGCAAAGGUCGUGGUCGACAGGUCAUUGCCGUGGCCAAGACGUGCCAUCUCAUCUUCAUCGUCCUCGACGUCAACAAGCCAUUGACCGACAAACGUGUCAUUGAAACCGAACUCGAAGGCUUCGGCAUCCGUAUCAACAAGGAGCCGCCAAAUAUCGUCUUCAAGAAGAAGGACAAGGGCGGGCUCAACAUCACCAGUACCGUUCCACUGUCUCAUAUCGACCACGAUGAGAUCAAAGCGGUCAUGAACGAAUAUAGAAUAUCUUCAGCCGAUAUCGCCAUUCGCUGCGACGCCACCAUUGACGAUCUGAUCGACGUGCUCGAAGCGAAGAGUCGUAGCUAUAUUCCCGUCAUCUACGCUCUCAACAAAAUUGACGCCAUCUCAAUUGAAGAGCUUGACCUGCUCUACCGGAUCCCGAACGCAUGCCCAAUCAGUUCCGAGCAAGGUUGGAAUGUCGAUGAGCUCUUGGAACAGAUGUGGGAGAAACUCGAACUGAGGCGAGUCUACACCAAGCCAAAAGGGAAACAACCAGAUUAUACAGCACCUGUCGUCCUCCGCAAGAGCGCCUCGACCGUCGAAGAUUUCUGUAACGCCAUACAUAAGACCAUUGUAGACGACUUCCGUGUCGCCAUCGUUUAUGGACGAUCAGUGAAGCACCAGCCUCAGCGCGUUGGCUUAUCACACGAGCUAGCAGAUGAGGACAUCAUCACCAUCAUCAAGAAAUGA